AUGCCGGCGUCGGGGGGCGGCAGGGCCGGGUCGGGCCCGCUCCGGCAGCGGGGAACCCGCCGGCCGCAGGGAGCGCCGCCCGUCUCCGCGCUCGCUCCUCGUCCUCCGGCGGGCUGGCGGGCCGCGCUGGGCCUCGUCACCCUCCUCAGCUUCGCCUCCCGCUUCCACCGCCUGCCCGAGCCGCCGCACGUCUGUUGGGAUGAAACCCACUUUGGGAAGAUGGGAAGUUACUACAUUAACCGGACCUUCUUCUUUGAUGUCCAUCCUCCUUUGGGGAAGAUGCUGAUUGGACUUGCUGGCUACCUGAGUGGAUAUGAUGGAACGUUUCCUUUUCAAAAGCCAGGGGACAGAUAUGAACAGCACAACUACAUGGGAAUGAGAGGGUUCUGUGCAUUCCUUGGCUCCUGCCUGGUACCCUUUGCCUACCUCACAGUGCUAGAGCUGUCCAAGUCUCUGCCAGCAGCCUUACUCACGGCUUUCAUCCUUAUUUUUGAUACAGGCUGUAUUACUUUGUCUCAGUAUAUUCUGCUUGACCCCAUUCUGAUGUUCUUCCUUAUGGGAGCUGUUCUGAGUAUGGUGAAGUGUAACUCGUGUGCAGAUAGGCCAUUCUCUGCUUCCUGGUGGCUGUGGCUGAGUCUGACAGGGGUGAACCUUGCUGGAGCAAUGGGGGUGAAGUUUGUUGGCCUUUUUGUAGUCCUGCUGGUUGGUCUGAAUACAAUCUAUGACCUUUGGGACUUGCUGGGGAACCUCAGCUUGUCACUGGUUGUGUUUGGGAAACAUUUCCUGGCUCGAGUGCUCUGCCUCAUCUUGCUUCCACUCACCCUCUAUGUGGCAAUGUUUGCUGUUCAUUUUGCAGUACUAAAUAAAAGUGGUCCUGGGGAUGGUUUCUUCAGUUCUGCCUUUCAGUCCCAGCUGAUUGGGAACAAUCUUCAUAAUGUCUCCAUUCCAGAGCAUUUGGCCUAUGGGUCUGUGGUCACAAUGAAGAACCUUCGGAUGGCAGGGGGUUACCUUCACUCCCACUGGCACCUCUACCCAGAGGGUGUUGGGGCUCGCCAGCAGCAGGUCACAGCCUACUUACAUAAGGAUUUGAAUAACCUAUGGAUUAUAAAGAAGCAUGAUUCAGAUACAGCAGAUCUGUUGGAUUCCUCCAGCCCUGUGGAGUUUGUGAGGCACGGAGACAUCAUUCGCCUGGAACAUAAAGAAACUUCUAGAAAUCUUCACAGUCACCAGCAUGAGGCUCCCCUGACAAGGAAGCACUUUCAGGUCACUGGCUAUGGCAUAAAUGGAACAGGAGACUCCAAUGACUUCUGGAGGAUUGAGGUGGUGGGCAGAAGGGCUGGGAAGCUUAUCAAAGUCCUACGGAGUAAGAUCCGGCUCACACAUGUGGCCACAGGGUGUAUUCUGGGCUCUUCUGGAAAGACUCUGCCAAAGUGGGGUUGGGAACAAGUAGAAGUCACCUGCACACCAUAUGUGAAAGAGACUCCGAAUUCCCUCUGGAAUUUUGAAGAUCAUAUAAACCCUAAGUUGCCUAAUAUCAGCCUGGAUGUUUUGAAGCCUUCUUUUUUGGAAAUUCUUCUAGAGUCCCACAUGGUUAUGAUCCGGGGAAACAGUGGCCUGAAACCAAAGGACAACGAAGUUACAUCUAAACCCUGGCACUGGCCCAUCAACUACCAGGGUCUGCGUUUUUCUGGUGUCAAUGAGACAGAUUAUCGGGUUUAUUUGCUGGGAAACCCGGUGGUAUGGUGGCUAAAUCUGUUCACUAUUGGACUAUAUCUUCUGAUAGCAAUUUCCAUUGCAGUGGUGCUGAAGAGAGGUGUCCAACUGACUUCUGAACACAAAGAGCUGUCUCGAGUUGUGCUCUGUGGUGGAGGGCAGGUUGCUCUGGGCUGGCUCCUUCAUUACCUACCCUUCUUCAUGAUGGGCCGAGUUCUCUACUUUCACCACUACUUUCCUGCCAUGCUGUUUUCCAGCAUGUUGACAGGAAUCACCUGGGACACACUACUGAAGUUUUUUUCUCAGUUCUUGUCACCUAGCACUACAGCUAGAAGAGUUUAUGGAGGGGGGAUCCUGACACUGAUUCUGCUCAUCAUGUACAGCUUCUACCUCUUCCAUCCUCUGUCCUAUGGGAUGAUAGGACCCAUGGCAUCUGACACCAGCAGCCCCAUGGCAGGGCUCCGGUGGAUGGAGUCCUGGGAGUUCUAGAGCCACCGAACAGCAUCUGGGGACAAAGAAUAAGAAGCAUGAGGACUGCUGCACGUCAAGCUGGUUUCUGGCGCUUUGGAGGACAUGUAAAGUGUCCUCUCUGGUGAACUCUGGUUGCAGCAACCCUGUUGUUCUGGCAUUUGUUUGCACUGUCUGCAUUAGGAGAUGCAGAAGCUAAUCCUCUUAGAAAGACUCAUGAAUCUUUAGGUGAUAUUCCUGGACAACUGGCUGGUUAGAUCUCAGUUCUACUGAACAAUGUACUGGGACUCUUCACAAGCAAACAGCAGUGGCAUUCCAGCAGUCAGAGCUGUACAAAUUGGGGACUGUGUGUGGUUGAAUGUUCACCUGCGUUUGUCUGUCUUCCUUCUUGUGUCAUUGCAGUUUGAGAGCCAGAUAGUGUCCAGAUAUUGAAACAUGAAUCAUGCUUCAUGACCUUUCUUAUGGUAAGGUUUUUUCUUAAAUUUUCAAGUAAGCAUGUGGGGAUUUCUUUACUGGCUGUCUGCAUUUUUUGCUCCAACCUUGAAUUUUUAGAAUUUGACUGAAAGGGGUCUGCUUGAACCACUCCUGAACCACUGUGCCUCGUCUGUCUCCCAGGCCUUUUGCUGACAGAGGAGAUGGAGAUUGUUUACCCCCUUAUACUGCCUUGCUUUCUAGUCACUCUUAAUCAUUUAUAACAAUAGCCUGUGCUCAGAGCCAGACUGCUCCUGCACUGCACUUUGUAUCUUCUUUCCAGUUCUGUCAGACACUGUUAAGGAAAUUACAGUGGGAACAGCAGGUGAUUUGUUUUCUGCCCCAGUGUGCUGUGAAGGCUGAUCCUUGGGUGCUUGGGACUGAAAUGAUUGGGUGAAAAUUUUAGAUAGCUGUCAUUUGUUUUUUGAUCCCAGCUAUCUCAAUGCCUCUAUUUCUGGUUUUAGGAAAAAGGAUUUAUCCUAAGGAACAUAGCAGCUGCAGAACUGGCCCUUGGCAUCUGCACGCUGUAUUCCAAUAUUGAGCGUGUUCCCUCCUGUUAAUAGCUGUCCAUUUAAUUACUGUAUAGAAGACAAUGUGAGGACAGGCUAAAAUUCAAGUGUCAGGAGCCCUUGGAUGUUAAAUCCACCCCUUCCAUGAAAGUGGAAUGUUACUUAUCAGAUGCCUUUCUCCUGUAUUAGGUCUAUUUUUGUAAAUGUUGUUUGUAUUCCAUCUUCAGUUCCUUACCCAGUUUGAAUUUCUUGUCACAAUCCUUGGUUGCUACUUAGACCUCAGCUGUGUUCCUGUGUCAAAAACUAAUAUUUGCAAAACUCUUUAUGUAUGUCUUAAGGAACUCAGGCUUUUCUUUUCAGAUUUCUUGCUCUGCUUCUCAGCCUUCCAUUAAAGCUUGUUUACAGGUC